CUGGUUUACAUAUCAGAGAACAUGAGCUGUGAACAGACAGAGGUAGUGAACUUUACAUAGAGCCUGGUCUCUGUCUGUAGUCCAUGAGCUCCCUGUGUGGCCUGCUUCCCUGUGACUUCCUGUUGGAGAGGAAUCUAGGGAAGUUUUCUGUCCGGUCCGCGUGAGGUGCACAGGACCUUUGAGUGUCUCCAUAUUUAACAAAGUUGAAACUUGAAUACCAUAUAUUCGUCUUUGUCUUCUUGACAGUCCUUGCUGCCAGGAUGAUGGGUCAUGUGUUGUCAUUCGGCCGCUCCCUGGUGAGGAGGAAGGUGGUGGAUCUCAACAGUCUGGAGGACUCCAAGCUGUGCCGCUGCCUGGGUACCGUGGAUCUCAUCGCCCUGGGCGUGGGCAGCACCCUGGGGGCUGGGGUCUAUGUUCUGGCUGGAGAGGUGGCCAAGGGAAACUCAGGCCCCAGCAUUGUGGUCUCCUUCCUCAUCGCUGCCCUGGCCUCUGUCAUGGCGGGCCUCUGCUAUGCUGAGUUUGGAGCCCGUGUGCCCAAGACUGGCUCAGCCUACCUGUACAGCUAUGUAACAGUUGGAGAGCUGUGGGCCUUCAUCACUGGCUGGAACCUCAUCCUCUCCUAUGUGAUAGGCACCUCCAGUGUGGCCAGGGCUUGGAGCGGGACAUUUGAUGAGCUGAUUGGAGGACACAUUGAGACGUUCUGCAAGACCUACUUCAGCAUGAACUCUCCAGGCCUGGCUCAUUACCCAGACUUCUUUGCAGUCUGUCUCAUUCUACUUCUGUCAGGCCUCCUGUCGUUUGGAGUGAAGGAGUCAGCCUGGGUGAACAAGGUCUUCACUGCUGUCAACGUGCUGGUCCUCUUGUUUGUCAUCGUCUCUGGCUUCGUGAAGGGAGACACACUCAACUGGAAAAUCUCUGAAGAAACUCUCAUCAAUGUCACCAUUGUUAAACGGAACCUGUCUGUGACUGCUAAUGUGACCAGUGAUUAUGGUGCAGGGGGGUUCAUGCCAUUUGGCUUCAGUGGGACCCUGGCUGGAGCUGCCACCUGCUUCUAUGCCUUUGUCGGAUUUGACUGCAUCGCAACAACAGGUGAGGAGGUAAGGAACCCUCAAAAAGCCAUUCCCAUCGGCAUCGUGGUGUCUCUGACGGUGUGCUUUCUGGCGUACUUUGGUGUGUCUGCUGCCCUCACCCUCAUGAUGCCCUACUACCUACUGGAUGAGAAGAGCCCCUUGCCCAUGGCCUUUGAAUAUGUGGGCUGGGGCCCAGCUAAAUAUCUGGUGGCUGUGGGGUCACUGUGUGCCCUGUCAACCAGUCUGCUGGGUUCCAUUUUCCCUAUGCCACGUGUAAUCUAUGCUAUGGCAGAGGAUGGGGUGCUUUUCAAAGCCUUAGCCCGAAUCAAUCCUAAGACGAAGACCCCGCUUAUUGCCACAAUGAGCUCCGGUGUAGUUGCAGCGAUCAUGGCUUUCCUGUUUGACCUAAAAGCCUUAGUAGACAUGAUGUCUAUUGGAACCCUCCUGGCCUACUCCCUUGUUGCUGCUUGUGUUCUCAUUCUCAGGUACCAGCCGGACCUGCUCUAUGGAAAGCCGGGCUGUAACAGGGAGAAGGAUUGCCUGACAUCACCGGAAGGGGAGUCGGAGCUGACAGAGUCUGAGUCCCACAUCAACAUGCUGAAGCAAGGAGGUUCCACCCUGCAGACGGUGCUCAAUCCUCCACUGGUACCCACAGAACAGUCCUCCUCUGUGGUCAACAUGGCGGUCUGUCUCUUAGUGUUGGUGGUGUGUGUGAUCAGUGCUCUGACCACCUACCAUGGAUAUGCCAUCAUUCGCAUGGAGACCUGGAUCCUGUGUUGUCUGGCCCUGUCCCUGGUGAUCUUCAUUGGCUGUGUGGUUCUCAUCUGUCAACAGCCUCAAACCAGCAGGAAGGUCUCCUUCAUGGUUCCACUCAUCCCAUUUCUUCCCAUCCUGAGUAUAUUUGUCAAUGUUUACCUCAUGGUCCAGCUGAGUGGAGACACCUGGAUACGCUUCUCCAUAUGGAUGGCUGUGGGUUUCCUAAUCUACUUUGGCUACGGAAUGUGGCACAGUGUGGAGCGCCAGCGCAGGCUCCAGGACUCCCUCAGCAGCAGUGCCAAGCAGGAGAAGAAGAACAAGGGUCCAGAGAAGACCAGCCAGUGUUAAAGAAAGAUCAGGGAUCCACACAGACUCUAGAAGGUCACCUGGUGGCCCCUGCCCCAGCCAAGACACAGACACAGACACAGUACAAGCACACAGCAGCUAUCAACUAAAUACACUACAGAUGUAGGAUCUUAAUUUGAUUACUCUUUUGUUGCUGAGGAUUAUCCUGAACCGCAGGAAAUGCAGAUGAGCUUCUUGAUUUACAUAAAUUCCCUGAAAUCCCACACUAACACACGGUUAUAUUAACAGUAUUGCACUUUUCAUGUAGCCUAAUUUUGGCCAGCUAAUAAACUAACCACUGAUCAAGCAACAUUAUGGACUAAACGUUCAAAUCCUGUUGCUGCAGGAUUAUUUUGCUGUGGCAAUACUGGUCAAAUUAAGAUCCUACAUCUGUUUAUACAGCUACAUGCCAUCUGUGCCUCAGUCACAUGCCAUUCUCCCAGUGGAGCUGCAGUAUACUGUAUCAAUGGUCAUGUGAUUUGGAGCAGUGAGGUGGGCUCAUUAUCGAUCUCUGUCUCCAUGACGAUGUGACCAAGUAGGAAAGGCUGAUUGGUCAGAGAGGUGUGGAGGCAUCUCCAACAGUCUACAAGAAGAGACAGAAAACAGGAAAUGACAGGUUUUGCAUUUCCUAUUACAAUUACAGUCAUGGACUGACUGUGGAAAGGCUUUGUAUUUGGUUUUGGCCUAAAUUUCUAUGUCUUUUUCUGUCACUGUAUAUCCUAAGUCAGCUUAUACAGGAAGUUUGCUGUUGGAAUCUAUUGUCUUAGUGUAGAAAGUUCAGUAGGUCACACUAUGCUAGUAUUAAUACCCUGUUAGCGAAGCACAGACAAUUUUCUAAUCUUGCUGAAAAAACUAACUCUAAAACUAACUCUUUCCAGGGUUAAUGACAUGUACACUAAACCAUUCAUUUGCUUCUAAAUAGUGGCCACAUUCUGAAUGUACAUUCUGUACAAACGUAAACAGACAUACUAACAUGCACACACAGAAUAUUCAUUUCAUUCUUGGCAUAUAUAUGCACAUGCAUCAUGUUAUGUGUGCAUAUCAAUUUAUUACAAUCACAAAUGGGAUUUAACUGUUGGUGAAUGGUAUUUCUGAAAUGUUCAUCUGACGUGUGUUUUCCAUAAUGGUACUAAUGAUUUAGUGUGUGCUCUAUUUGACUUCUUGUCUUAAUGUUCUCUUAAUGUUCUUGCAACAGGUGUUGUUGGUGUUCUAAUCGAACACAAGUUUAACUAGUCUUUAUAAAUGUUCUAUUCUGAUUACUUGGAUAUGUUGCCGUCAUAAUCGUUUUCACAAUCGUGUCGUGAAGAUUGUAUGAAAUCGAAGUGGAGUGAAUAAGAGAAUUGCUUGUUCAGUGUUUGAUAUCACAUUCCAUACAAAAGACCGUUUUUGCAUUGCUGUAUUUUUUUGUGUGCAAGUGUUACAUAUCUUCUUAAGUCCUUUGGGAGAUUUUUUUGUCUGUUAUUGCUAGACGAUGGACUGGACUGUCUUGAAAUUUGCCAUUUCUUGACAAAAUAUGCUCUACAGGCCACCUAGAGUCGCUUUUCUCAUUUGAUGCUAGUCCCUUCACUGUUUUCUGAAUAGUUUCUUAGCAUCACAUACAAGAUGUACCGUACAUGUUUUGCAGGAUAAUAUCCCAGGGAAAGUGACAGUUAAUGACAUUAUUCAACAGAUUCAAGUUAAACUGGUCUUUCAGUGUUUAAAUGUUCCAUGCUUUUUUGCAUUAAUAUUCUACUCCAAAUCGGAGCUUGAUCAGUAUUUAACGGUUCUCCUCCCCUCCCUUCCCUCCCCUCUCCUCCUCUCGUUUUGUGUCCAAAAAGUGUAUUAUGUCUACUUUGUAACUCUACCUUGGUUUCACAACCAAUUUAUGGGGUUUGAUAUGGAUGAGCAGUGAGAGAGAUAUUGCUUUUUAACAUUCUUCUCUUGGAGCAGCAGAGGCAAAAAUCAUGUAACUUUUCCCAAAUUCCCAGGUUUUCCAUAAAUGCCUGUUGGAAGAUUCCUGGAAUCAAGGGGGAAUAAGCAGGAAAUCCUCCAAUUAGGAUUUCUGACAUACCUAGGAGUUUUGGGGAAGUUACCAGAUUUUUACAACCCUAGUUAGGGAAGUAUUUUAGGGUGUUCAGUUGCAGUUAAUCCACUGAUAGAGCUCUUAGACCUGUGGUAUGAUGAUGAUCUCAGAGUUCCACCUCAACCUCCGGUAUUGAGACCUGUGGUAUGAUGAUGAUCUCAGAGUUCCACCUCAACCUCUGGUAUUGAGACCUGUGGUAUGAUGAUGAUCUCAGAGUUCCACCUCAACCUCCGGUAUUGAGACCUGUGGUAUGAUGAUGAUCUCAGAGUUCCACCUCAACCUCCGGUAUUGAGACCUGUGGUAUGAUGAUGAUCUCAGAGUUCCACCCCAACCUCCGGUAUUGAGACCUGUGGUAUGAUGAUGAUCUCAGAGUUCCACCUCAACCUCCGGUAUUGAGAAAUCCUGAACAAUCUUAGUUUAGAUGAAUUUGAUGUACAUUUGCAUUUGAUCUUCUUGAAAGAUAAGUGGCUGAGGUUAUGCUAUAUCAUGUCAUGAUAAUUUACUGCAAAAGCAUUAUUAUAAUUUUUUUUACAUUUGAUUUAACUUGAUCGAUUUAAGUUGAGUAAGGUUAAUUAAACGUGGAACAAAAGAGCAGAGCACAUUAUGUUCCCGAGGACCUAGAUCAGGGUUGCAGACAUAUGUAGCUAGUGUUGUAGCUUAUAAAAAAUAUAAACAGAAUGAUCCUCUGUAAAUGUACCCAUUAUGUAGUGACAUAGUUUUCCAUUGUUUCUACUAACUGUACUAUUGUCAAUAAAUGUAUUUUUUUAAUAAGAUCAGUUUAUGCAAGAGUGUAUUCUGUGAGUGUUCUGCACAUUGUCAGACAUUGCAGUAACUCAGUGAGGGGAGGAUAUAUAACUGCUUGUCUGUCUGUUGUAAAUGGUUGAUAUUAAUAAUUGGUAAUAAAAACCUACUUGGUUUAGAA